AUGUCUGACGGACUCCCAGUCUUCGAUAGCCAGCUCCGGCCCCAGUAUACUCAGGCACCCAGCCCUGAGUGGGUUAAUGGCCAGCCUGUCAAGGAAGUAACCGGCGGGAAAGAAUGGCUCGCUGGUGAAGAGAAGGGGUGGCAAGUCGUCAACGCUGCGACUGAGAAUCCUAUGAAGUUAUACACGCUCAUGAUCAGCGGCAUUGUGCCCCGUCCGAUAGCAUUUGUAUCGACUAUCGGGCCGGACGGUUCAGAGAACCUAGCACCAUUCAGUUGGUUUAAUCAGGUCUCGGCUCUUCCUCCUGUCAUUUCUAUCUCUUGCAUGAAUGGACCGCCUCGUGUGAAAGAUACAGCUAAUAACAUCCGCGCCACCAAGGAGUUCACCGUCAAUAUAAUAAGCGAGCCGUUCAUCGCUAACGCCAACGUGACAUCCGUCGAUGCUCCUGCGGGAGUCAGUGAAUGGACUAUCAGUGGUUUGACAAAAGCUUCCAGCAUCGAAGUCAAACCAGCCCGUGUGCUUGAAAGCGCGUUCAGCAUUGAGUGUCAGCUUCUGGACGUGGUCGAUAUCAAGCAUCCGGCGAAUGGCGUCGCCACUACUUCCAUGUUCUUGGGCCUGGUCAAAUAUGUUCAUGUCCGAAAGGACGUGCUCAAAGCCGACGGAACCGUCGACCCGACUCUCCUCAAGCCUGUUGCUCGGAUGGGAGACACGACAUACGCUAGACUUGGGGACCUCUUCCGCAUCGCACGGCCAACCUGGUCCGAACCAGAGGGAAACACGGAAAACUCGAAGUGA